AUGACGCCUGCUGAGUUGACGUGCGACCUUCCGAGCCCCCUGGAACUCUGGGACUCAAAAGACUCGAAUGAAUACUUUGAGGCGUCACGCACUCUCGAAAUCGAUGGCUCAAGACGGAUAUCAUCGGUCAAACUUUGUGUCGAUGCAUUGAUGCGCGAGACUUGGGGCGGCACGGGAAGCUUCCCCUUCCAGGAUAUUAACGGGUCCGACCUGCAGUUACUGAUUUUCGCACUCAAUGGCAUGGUUCUUUCGGCCAAUCUCAUGGGACUUCUGCCCGCAAGCGCUCAUGCACUUCUACGUGCUACAUCCAGAUGGGAAAACAUGUGGGAGAGCAUUCGCAGCCGCAUGGAUCCCGCAGCAUUCGAGAAGAUUGGUAUGGCCAGAUACAAUAGCGAGCUAUGUUGGGCAGCCCGUACGAUUAUUCGGGUCGCCAUUUCGGGGGACAAAAGCUCUGCGUACAUGCAGAAGGUCGGCCAUGACUCACUCGUGCAGCUGCAUGAGUUUGUGCGCCAGUAUCGUGACAGUUGA